AGGCAGUGUAGUAUGCACUCUGUGAGAGAGUGAGAGAGAGAGAGGAAAAAGAGGAAGACCCGUACAAUUCACAGAGCAAAUCGGAGGACAGGAAAGAAAGGAUGGAUGCUGAGCAAGAACACUUUUGAUAUGAGACCAGGGCUGGGUAGAGGGACCAAAAAGCUUUGAGAUCUUGAUCAUUGUUUGAGCUUUUUACUUUUCACCAGUAUCUUCAGAUGCCACGUGGACACUGGAAGCUUAAGAGUCACAGAGAGUUAGACGCCCUAAUCGAGCGGUGUCAUUUAUUAUUUGAACAAAAAAAUGAGAGGACGUAUUUUUAAAACGUAAGGACUAUUUUCUCCAGGAUAGGGAGCAACAUUGAUAACAGUGCUUAUCUUCUGGUUAAAACAAACAACAGAUUGCUCGUGCUGCGAGAGUAACUGUGGAUCAGUGCUCGUGUGACACAUUGUGCGCCUGCUGUUCAACUGAGGGCAAGAUCAUCCUAAGCGAACUGGACAGGAUGCUGACUUUCUCAAAAACAUCCUUCAGCCUGCGGCAGCGAGCUAACUCUUGAUUUAAGACCCUCUUCUGUUCCAUCUCGGAUGUCAGGACUGCAAAACAACACCAACUGUUAACAGGAUGCUGCACAGAAGGUUGGGCUCAGCCUUAAGGAUUGGGCAAAUGCAAUUGCUUUCACUUCAAUGACUUGAAUGGCUUUGCCACCAGUUCUCUCAACCUGAGAAUGGACUAACAGCAGGAACAGUGCAUUGAAAUCCAAACAAGAGUUAUGAAGUGGGAUUUCUGAAGCAUCAUUUGGAAACCUUAAGAAUUUUAAGGAUAGGAACACCUAACCAAGACGACAACCGUCACUCAAUCAGUGUGUGGACUUUUACCCUGGUGAAACUCUGGCUGCUCUGAUUCCCAACCAAAGAAUCCUGACGGCACAAUGCUGUGUGCUCAGGGUGUGGCCGCACCCCUAAUGCUGAGCUCUUUUCUGCUGCAGCUAGUCAGAGCCAAUAUCCCUUCUGGCUGUCUGAUUACAUCCGAUAUCCUGAGCUGCACCAACCUUGGCCUGGAUGAAGUCCCGCUAGAGUUGCCUGUGACAGUGGCAACAUUGGACUUUAACCACAACCGCCUGGAACAUCUUGAGGAGGGUAGCUUCUCUGGCCUGCCCAAACUUGACACCAUACGGUUAGCCCACAAUCAGCUGAGCAAGCUCACUCCGGGAAUCUUUCGGAAUACAAGUAAAAUACACCAUCUGGACCUUUCAUCCAAUCAGUUGAACAUUAUAGAGCAGCACUACUUUCAAGACCUAGUAGCAAUCGAGGAGCUACUCCUUUACAACAACCGCAUAGUAAGGGUAGAGAGCAAAGCCCUAAGCGGUUUAAGUAACCUACGCAAGGCCUACCUGAGCCAUAACAGACUGACAGAUUUCCCCUUCUUUUCCAUCCACGAGCAUCCAAAUCUCAAUACACUCGAUCUAAGCUCGAACCGUAUGCCUAACCUUCCUAUUGAGGAAAUCGGAGCUCUAGAGGAAUCAGUGCAGCAGGCGUUGUUCCUGCACAACAACACCCUAAUUUGUGAGUGCUCCAUGUACAGCAUGUUUAAACACUGGGAGCAGAGAGGCUUUGCCUCGGUCAGAGAAUUUUGGGAGGAGCAUACCUGCUUGCUUUAUGGUGAACAACGAGCUUCGGUUCGAUUUCUUCAACAUGUACGAUUCUUUGAGAAUUGCACUGUCAAACGUUUAGCGCAGACAGAUAAUAAAACAGCAGAAGCUGGGAAAUCAGUGAUGCUGAAUUGUACAACGACAUUAAAUGGAAGGAAUGUCACCUACUGGUGGGUAUCCCCACAUAAGGAAUACAUUGUUCCCCCUGGUAAUAACAAUACAUUGCGAAUGUAUGCAAACGGUAGCUUGGAAAUCUUGGAACCACGAAUCGAGGACUCUGGGUUGUACUUGUGCAUGGCUCAGAGCCCUCAAGAGUCGCACAACCAGACUUUUGAAGUGAAUCUAACUGUGACGAUAUACCAUCAGGAGGUGGAGCCCUUCAACACUGGCUUCACCACACUGCUGGGCUGUGUCGUGAGCCUGGUGUUGGUGUUAAUGUACCUCUACUUGACUCCCUGUCGCUGCUGGUGCCGGAAGCAGCCUCUACCAGCGACACCAAGCCCUGCAAAUGAAUGCAGUGCCCAAUCGUCUAUCCUGACGCCCACACCACCUGCCACCACGGAGGGCCCCGGCCGCAAGGUCAGUAACAACAAGCAUGUGGUCUUUCUGGAACCCAUCAAGGAAGCACAGAAUGGGAGGCCGCGGGCAGCACUGGCCCUUGAGCAUCCCAAGCUGGCAGUAACACGGAGCGAUGCUGACUCUGUCACUUCUGUCUUCUCAGACACCACUAUUGUGCCAUAGCGGCUGCUUACUGUCAUCCCUACAACCUGCUCAAAUGAGCACGUGGGUCUUCAACGUGGCAGUCUGCAACUGCACAGCUACUCAGGACAGAUCAGGGAGAGGGCUUUGCAAGCCCCUAGCAGGGAGCAGAACAGAGCAGGAAAGCACACAGAAUCAGAGAGAAGGAAGUUAUAAAAAAAGAAAAGGGAAAGGAAUCCGCUUUAAGGCUUGACUGAGCCAUAACAGUACAAGAGAAAGAAAUUGGUAUGAAACUACGAAAGCUGAGAAGGGUUAAAAGCUUCCCGUUACCACUGCUUGAGCCUUGAUAGAAUCAUAGCUAGGAAUGCCUUGUCUAGAGCCUAUAAUCUAGUAAGUACCGCAUAAACCCUGCUCCUCUCUAGAAAAUAGCAACACUGAUAUGAAGAAUGACAAGUGCACACCGAAUUUCUAGUUUUUUACAGAUAUAUCUAGAAUGUUGAUUUAUUUUAAUGUCCAUUUUAAUGUUUCACACUGACAGUCAGCAGAAGUGAUUCCUUUCUGAAAGGUCAUGGUCAUAGAAAAUGCAUCUAUAAAACGUUAAGUUUGCUGUUUGUGCGAGGUGGUGCUCCUAAUCCAUUCAAAUGAAUGAGGAUAUCACACAGAGGUCACGUCUCACUCCUAAUAAGAUUACAGAAAUGGAACUGAAUGACGUGGAAUCUGUGAAAAUGCUGAAGUAUUUUCUCCCUUCCUAAGCAUUCCAUGUUUCCCCCUUUCCACCCACCUUUCCCUUUUCACAAAUCCCUUCUUCUUAAUAAAUCCUUUUGCUUCGA